AUGCCUCUUUAGCGUGGCCCUUCCCAAUCAUCAUGUGAUGAGGGCGGAGAGGGAGGGGGGAAAUAGGGAGGAAGGUGGGUGAAGCCGGAAGAGGAAACCCAGUGAAUUCCCGACCAGGCGAGAUGAGUGGGUUGGGGAAGCUUUUUGGGAAGGGUAAGAAGGCCAAAGCGCCGACCCCGCAAGAGGCCAUCCAGAAACUGCGGGAGACUGAAGAGGUGCUGGUCAAGAAACAGGAAUUCCUAGAGCAGAAGAUCCAGCAGGAGCUGCAGACAGCUAAGAAGCAUGGCACCAAAAACAAAAGAGCUGCCCUGCAGGCCCUCAAGCGGAAGAAGCGCUACGAGCAGCAACUGGGGCAGAUCGAUGGCACACUCUCCACCAUCGAGUUCCAGCGGGAGGCACUGGAGAAUGCCACCACCAACACCGAAGUGCUGAAGACCAUGUCAGAUGCGGCCCGGGCUAUGAAGGAGGCUCACCAACACAUGGACAUUGACAAGGUGGACGAUCUGAUGGCCGAAAUCACAGAACAACAAGACAUUGCCCAGCAGAUUUCUGACGCCAUCUCAAAACCAGUUGGCUUCGGAGAUGAUGUUGAUGAGGACGAACUGCUGGCGGAGCUGGAGGAGAUGGAACAGGAAGACCUGGACAAGGAGCUGUUGAAUGUCGGGGAGCCCACCCCAGAACUUCCCAGUGUGCCUGCCUCUCGCCUUCCCGCUGUGCCAGCCUCCAAAGUGCCAGCCGCUGCUGUGGACGAUGACGACGAAGACAUGAAGCAGCUUGCCGCCUGGGUGUCGCUGCCUUUCUCUGUGUUUUUGGAGCCCUUGAUCUGUCCGGUGCUGCGCGUACGGCUGGCAGCCUUCUUCUUGUCCGACGCGAAAGUCAGGGAGCGGGACUUGGCGCCCAGGUUGGCGUUCUUCAAAGAGUCGUUGGCCCGCGGCCCGCAGAUCGCUUCCAGGGCCUUGAGCUCCGUGGUGGGCUUCUCGGCGAGGAAUUUGAUGACCCACGGCACCUUGAGGACUUCCAAGAUGUUGAGCCGCUUCGAAGUGGGUCCUCCUCACCUUGAUCUCCUCGUUGAUCUGGUGGUGGCUGGGGAACUGGACCUCCUUCUGGGUCUCUCGGAGCAACUUCUUGAGGUUGGUGUCGUCGAAGGGCAGGUGGGCCACCACCAAGGUGUAGAGGAUGACGCCCAUGCUCCAGAUGUCGGAGAGGAAGGGGUUGUAGGGCAGGCCCAGGAGGAUCUCUGGGCAGGCGUAGGCGAAGCUGCCGCAGUAGGUCUGGCUCAGGUAGGCGAUGCCCAGGGCCAGCUGGGAGAACCACUUCCCGGCCAAGGCCUCGGAGCAAGCGCCCGACUUCUGGAUCCACUCCAGGACAUCCCCGCAGGGAGCCAGCUCCAUGAUGAUAUAAUGGCGGGACGUGGUCUCGAUGGCUUGGUAGAAACUGAUCACAGCGGAGGGCAUGGGAAGGAAAGGUGUGGGAGCGGGCUUGAAGGGAGGAGAGGGCUCAGGCACAGCCAUGGGGAGUCUCUGGGGUUGAGAGAAGCCACCCCUGCUCCUCCCCUUCACCUUUUUGGCACCCCGGUUUGCUGCACUAAGGGGGCCUGUUUGGAGCCCCCUCCCUUUUUAUUUUUGGCUCCAGGAAACAAAUCCGAGGACCCCCAGGCAGUGCCAGGGACAGCUCUAAAGAGGCAGCCCAGCUCCCAUCCCUCCUUUCUCCCCAUAAUGGCCCAUCACCCAUCCCUCGCUUUCCUCUUCUCCCUCCUUUUCCUUUUCUCCACGGCCUCUUCGGAGGGGCACUACAAGCAAGGAGAGGCAGUCAUGCUUUAUGUCAACAAGGUUGGGCCUUACCACAACCCGCAGGAGACCUACCAUUACUACCAGCUCCCCGUGUGUUCGCCGGACAACAUUCGCCACAAAAGCCUUACUUUGGGGGAAGUGCUGGAUGGGGACCGCAUGGCCGAGUCCAUGUACGAGAUCCGUUUCCGCGAGAACGUCGAGAAGAAGGUCCUCUGUGAAAAGAGGCUUUCGCUUGAAGAGGUGGAUCGCCUCCGUCAAGCUAUUGAAGAACUCUACUACUUCGAGUUUGUGGUGGAUGACUUGCCGCUCCGUGGCUUUGUGGGUUACAUGGAGGAGAGUGGCUUCUUGCCCCACAGCCACAAGAUUGGGCUUUGGACCCACCUGGACUUCCACCUGGAGUGGAACGGAGACCGGAUCAUCUACGCCAAUGUCAGCGUCCGUAACGUCAAGCCCACCAGCCUUGACGACGUCCAAAGCAGCCUCUCCAUCACACACACCUACAGCGUCCGCUGGUCCGAGACUGCCUCAGAGCGGCGAGGGGAACGCCGCGGCAGCCGUGGUGGGGACGAUGGGUUUUUCCCCCGCACCUUGGAGAUCCAUUGGUUGUCCAUCAUCAACUCCAUGGUGCUGGUGUUUCUUCUGGUGGGCUUUGUGGUGGUCAUCCUUAUGCGGGUUCUGAAGAAUGACCUGGCUCGCUACAACCUGGACGAGGAGGCCUCCUCCUCAUCGUCGGGGGAUGACUUUGACCAGGGGGAUAAUGGGUGGAAGAUCAUUCACACAGACGUCUUCCGGUUCCCCCCUUGCCGUAGCCUCCUCUGCGCCGUGCUGGGCGUGGGCAGUCAGUUCCUGGCCUUGGGCACAGGAAUCAUCGUGAUGGCUUUGUUGGGCAUGUUCAACGUCCACCGGCAUGGAGCCAUCAACUCAGCUGCCAUCCUCCUCUACGCCCUCACUUGUUGCAUUUCUGGCUAUGUUUCCAGCAACUUCUAUCGCCAAAUUGGAGGAGAACGUUGGGUCUGGAAUAUUCUGCUCACAACAAGCCUUUUCUCUGCUCCUUUCUUCCUGACGUGGAGCGUGGUCAACUCGGUGCAUUGGGCCAAUGGGUCGACCCAGGCGCUUCCGGCCACCACUAUCCUUCUCUUGCUCACGGUUUGGCUGCUGGUGGGCUUCCCCCUGACUGUCAUUGGGGGCAUCUUCGGCAAGAACCGAGCUGGCCCCUUCGACGCACCGUGCCGCACCAAGAACAUUGCCAGGGAAAUCCCCUCGCAACCCUGGUACAAGUCCACCUUGGUACACAUGACCAUCGGAGGAUUCCUGCCCUUCAGUGCCAUUUCCGUGGAGCUCUACUAUAUAUUUGCUACUGUCUGGGGCCGAGAGCAGUACACGCUCUACGGGAUUCUCUUCUUUGUUUUUGCCAUUCUGCUCAGUGUUGGAGCCUGCAUUUCCAUUGCCCUCACCUACUUCCAGCUCUCCGGGGAGGACUACCGCUGGUGGUGGCGCUCUGUGAUGAGUACUGGCUCCACGGGCCUCUUUAUCUUCCUCUACUCCGUCUUCUACUACUCGCGGCGUUCCAACAUGUCUGGUGCGGUCCAGACGGUGGAGUUCUUUGGCUACUCCUUGCUCACAGGCUACGUCUUCUUUCUGAUGCUGGGGACCAUCUCCUUCUUUGCCUCCCUGAAGUUCAUCCGCUACAUCUAUGUCAACCUCAAAAUGGACUGACCCAACACUGGGUCAUUUCCCAUUGACUAGGAUGGGUGGGACUCAAAGUGAUAUCUUCCAUUGCAGCGUUCUUUGCAGAUUAACUAGCCUAAAAAGAAGGCCAGUAGCCCUCUCUUUCCAUUGGCUGGAAUCUCAAGUGAGAUAUGAAUAUUUUGGCUUUCUAUGGUCUUUCCUUCUAUUGGUUAGAAUUGUUUGCAGAUUUCCUAGAUUGCCACCCUGGCAACGGAUUGUCAAGACAAAAGGGAAACGGCAUUCCCAAAUUCUCUCCUGUCGAUCGGGACAAGUAGCUUAUCCGUGAACCCUGUAAAUCUGGCCAAAUACUAAAUAUUGCUGUGCAUUCAUUUUAUUUUUCAUUGAUCAAAAACAUCAGUUUUUGCACUGGGGUGGGAGUGGUCACAAAUUUCAUUAUUCAAUGGUGGAAAUAUAACCAAUUAGUUGUGGAUUUCUCUUUCUAUCAGUGAUGCAAUCUAGUCAAUCAGUAAAAGCCAAGGUAACUUAAUCAGACCUGUCUGCUUCCUAAAAGGCAAGUUUGGCCCUUAUUCUUGAACAAUUGGAAACUGUAAAAAGAUUUUUUUGGUCAGUUAUGGUUUGCUUCCUUCAGAGCUCUUAUGCAAUUGGGUGACAGGUCCCAACCAAUCAAGUUUGUUUGUUUGUUUGUUUUAAUUCAUGCCACCUAAAGUAUAGACGAGCCGGCAGGGCCGGCUUCAUAGAAAAUAAUUUGCGCACCAGCUGGCACUAUCCUAUCUGGAUCUGGAAGAGAAUUUCCUGACUAAGGUGGCCUUCACCCUUCCCGAUAUUUUGGACUACAACUCACAUCACUAAUGGCCCUUGUGGCUGCCUAUAGUAGAAUGAUGGUUGUAGUCUAACAUACCUAGCAUGUGCCAGGUUAAGGAAUGUGGACCUCCAUUUUAUAAUACAGCUCCCAUCAUUCCUCAUGAAGGGUGGGGGCUGCUGGGAGCUGUUGCCCAAAAUUACCUGGAGUGACAUGAUUUUCCAUCCAGAAAUUAAAAGCUAGAUCCCUCCGCUGUUGGAGGAGAUUUGUUUGGGAUGGGAGAUACAUAUAUAAAUAUAUUUUCUGGGUGGAUCUUUCUCUGCCGUUUGUAAGGACCCUCUUCUUUGCAUGCUGGAGGGAGAAAGGGGCCUUGUAGGCUCACUUUUCAGUGGGAUCCGGUCACUAUGGCCCCAUCAUCCCUGAAUUAUAAAUAUAUUUUCUCCCUCCUUCCAUGUCCUUUGUAUCCCAUGGUGCCUGGCGCUGUUAAAGGAUGGGUUUGGGGGAAAUGCCCUUUCCUUCCCCUCCCACCCAGGUGAAGAAAAUGCCUAUAGUUAUAUAUGGAAAAUAUAUAUAUAAGAAGUUAUGUAUAUUAGGAAGGAUUGACGUUGGGUUAUUUUUUAAUUUGAUGCUUUUGUUUUGUUUUGUUUCGUUUCUGGUCCGACCGUUUCUUUUUACAGAUCUUGAAAAUAAACUUUAUUAAUAAAAAGAAAAUCUAAAGUGGCAGAAAA